CAAGUCGUGCCUCGGCGUCUACUAUCCCCAAACAGCCGACAGGAUGGUCGAGGCAGAUGGUUUCUUUCUUGUUGUUAACUUCUUGCAUUCUUAAAACAAAACGGUCGACGGGAACUAGGCCACAGUUAUCUUACUAUACGCAGUGAAACGCCGUAACACCACUCUCUCACUAUGGCCGACAAGGCAAAGCAGAGAAUCGAGGCCCUUGGGAAGCAACUCGACCAUGGUAUCCCCGCCAUCAAGAAGACCGCCGGGAGCUCCAAUGGGCCGCGAGUCCAGGACAAGGUCAUAAUCAUCACCGGUGCCAAUUCACCCCUGGGCAUCGGCCGCGCAACGGCUCACCAACUGGCCGAGAAUGGUGCCAAAGCGCUCUAUCUCUGCGACAUGGACGGCAGCCAUCUGGAGACCCACAAGCGCGAGAUCAAUGCCCUGUUCCCAGAUGUCCAGGUUCACGUGAGGCAGUUUGACGCCGCCUAUGAGGCAGCCGUCAAGGAUGUAGUCGCCCACGCCAUCCAGUCCUACGGCCGGCUCGACGUUUUCUUCGCCAAUGCUGGCAUCACAGGGCCUUUGGCGCUCUUCACCGCUAUAUCGGAGAAGGACUUCAUGCACAAUUUGCGGACAAAUGUCCUGAGUGUCUUUCUGGCCGCCAAACACGCGGCCCCCGCCAUGCGUCAGACCUCCAAGGACAAGCCAACGUCCCAGGGCAGCAUCAUCGCCACGGCCUCGGUGGCCGGCAUCCGUUCCAACGCAGGGACCACCCCCUACUCCGCCGCCAAGGCCGCCGUCAUCUCCCUCGCCCAGACCAUGUCGUACCAGCUCGCAGGCACAAACAUCCGCGUGAAUGCCAUCUGUCCGGGCCUCAUCGAAACGGGUAUGACUGCCGACGUGUACGAGGCCGCGCGGGCGCGUGGCACGGAAAAGAGGAUCGGGCAGCUCAACCCUACCAAGAGAGGAGGACACGCCGACGAGAUUGCGCGGGUGGCCCUGUUCCUAGCCAGUGACGAGAGUAGCUAUGUGAACGGACAAGCGUGGGCCGUCGACGGCGGGCUCAGCGCCGGUCAUCCGUACGUCCCGGGAAGGCUGGGCUAGCUAGGUAGCUUGACGCCAAUCUUUGCUCCGUGCCUAAUCCUUUUUCUUCGUUCUCGCCUAGGAACCCCCCCC